UUGAUCAAAUAGAAGAAACAAGAAAUAUUUCAAAUUCAACUUUACAACAAAAAAUAAAUAUUUCAUUUCAAAUUUUAUAAUAUUCACUUAGAAUUCUUGUCAUUUUAUUACUUUACAAAUUAAUGAAUAAUUAUUCAAUUCCUCCAUUUAAAUAAUUGACGCGGGAAAUCUUCUCAGCUUUUACAAAUCAUGAGUUUAACUUCAAUAUUGAAGGUUAUGUUCGAUUUUUGAAAGUGCAUUAUGCAAAGUAAAUUAUAAAACAUUUUCUCAAUUUUGUUUUUAAUUUUUUCACUUUUUCCAAAAAAAAUCAACAAAUAUUAUAUAAUAAAUAACCUCGUGUACAUACUUUUGAAAAUAAUAGAUUGUCAAAAUGAGUCUCUGGGUAGAUAAGUAUAGACCCACUAACUUGAAUAAAUUGGACUACCAUAAAACGCAAGCCGCUUAUUUAAAAAAUUUGGUUCAACAAGGAGACUUUCCACAUCUACUCUUCUAUGGACCUUCUGGUGCCGGGAAAAAGACACGCAUUAUGGCACUACUCAGAGAACUGUAUGGGUCAGGAGUAGAACGAUUAAGAAUGGAGCAUAUGAACUUCCAGACUCCAUCAAACAAGAAGAUCGAAAUAAUGACAGUGUCCAGUAACUAUCAUAUAGAGGUGAAUCCAAGUGAUGCCGGAAUCUAUGAUAGGAUCGUAAUUAUGGAUCUGAUUAAGGGAGCUGCACAAACCCAUCAGUUGGAUGCCAGUGGUCAGCGUGAUUUCAAAGUUAUCCUGCUGACGGAAGUGGACCGGCUGACGAAGGACGCACAACACGCUCUGCGUAGAACGAUGGAGAAGUACGUGGCGACGUGUCGACUGAUUCUGUGCGCCAACUCCACCUCCCAGGUCAUCCCCGCCAUUCGAUCGCGGUGUCUGGGCGUGCGGGUGCCCGCGCCCACUCACGCCGAAAUCGUUGCUGUGCUACAGAACGUGUGCAAAAAAGAAGGCGUGCCCCUGCCUGAUGAGUUGGCCGAUAGAAUUGCUGAAAAAAGCAAUCGCAAUCUGCGGCGAGCCAUACUCAUGUGCGAAGCAUGCAAGGUCCAACAGUUUCCUCUGACCAAAGACCAGGAAAUCGCCGAGCCCGAUUGGCAAGUAUACCUGCGAGACACGGCGAGGAUGGUUCUGUCCGAACAAACUCCCAGGAAACUCCUCGAAGUACGAACUCGUCUCUAUGAACUGAUAGUGCAUGGAAUACCGACUGAUAUCAUUUUCAAGGGCUUGUUGAAAGAACUCAUCAAGAAUUGUGAUCUGCAACUGAAAACAGCGGUGAUUGAGCUGGCAGCCACCCACGAGCAUCGACUCCAUAGGGGCUCCAAAGUCAUCUUCUAUCUCGAAUCAUUUAUUGCCAAAUUUAUGGCCUUAUACCUGCAGUUCAUGGAGGAAACUAUUGGGGGAAUGUACUGAGUGUGAGUGUUUUUUACUUCGCUUAAAGGACACAUUUAUAAUAUUGUGAUUGGCUUAAGCAAAAGGACAAAUAUAUCGUAGAAUUGUGAUCGGCCAAAGCAACUGUUUAGAGUCAAAACAUAAUAGAGCUUAGGUAGACGGUAUCAGAGAAGGUAGCUGAGACAGUUGAAAAUAAGCGUAAGAGAACAUAUAAAAGCGUAAGCGUUGGAGAACAUAAAACAACCUUAUCUGAUACACUCUACCUUUGCUGCUCCACUAUCUUUUAUGAAUAUAUGUUUCUACUUUAAAAAGUGUUGGGAAACCGGUAUUUUUUAUUAUUAUGAACUAGGUUAUUGAAAAUAAAGUAAACGUUUGUAGAUGAAA